GCGGGCGCGGAGCGCCGGCGGUGAAGAUGGAGUCGCGUCCGCCUGGGACCGAGCCCCCGCUGCCCCGGGGGCCGGGACCGGGGCCCGAGCCGGAGCUGGAGCCGGAGCUGGACCUAGAACUCGAGCUGGACCUGGAACUGGAGCCGGACCUGGACUUGCAACGGGAAUCGGAGCCGGAGCUGGAACCAGAACCGGAGCCAGAGCUGGACCUGGACCCGGAGCUGGAGCUGGAACAGGAGGCAGAUCUGGACCCGGAGCAGGAGCUGGACCUCUGGGCACUUGAGCCCGCCGCUGCCGGCGCGGGGCCGCCGUCCUGGUGCCCGGGGGAGGCCGGGGGCAGCCCGGGCCCGGAGGGCGCCGCCGAGCCCCCGCCCGAGGAGGAGCCGCGCCUCCGCCCGGUCUUCGACGCCCUGGACCGCGACGGCGAUGGCUUCGUGCGCGUGGAGGAGUUCGUGCAGUUCGCCACGGCCUACGGCGCCGAGCAGGUAAAGGACCUAACAAAAUACCUGGAUCCCAGUGGAUUGGGAGUUAUCAGCUUUGAAGAUUUCCAUCGGGGCAUCAGAGCCAUCAGAAAUGGAGACCCUGACAGCCAGCUGUAUGAUAUGGGAUAUACCCCCGAGGAGGAAGCCCCGGCCUGCCCUGAUGAGUUUGAUGACUUCGUCACGUUUGAGGCAAAUGAGGUGACUGACAGUGCCUACAUGGGCUCGGAGAGCACCUACAGCGAGUGUGAGACCUUCACGGAUGAGGACACCAGCACCCUGGUCCAGCACGAGAUGCACGACGAGGUGGAGACCGACAGCGCCAUCGACUCCGCCGUGCACUCGGAGUUCACGGAUCCCAUCGAGGAGCCGGAGCAUGGGUCCCAUCCCCACGAGCUGGCCCUGGGCUCCGAGCUCAGCCACUCCAUUGUCACCGUCAUCAGCGGGGAGGAGCAUUUCGAGGAUUACGGCGAGGGCAACGAGGCCAACCUGUUCCCAGACCCUCUGUGUAAUGGGGAAAGCAGCUUUGGCAGCUCCUCUUUCCUCUCUCCCAGCACCAAUCCGCUCGCUGUGAAACUGCACAGCAUUCUCGCAGAUGAAGCUUUUGAGUUUUACUGUAGCCAGUGCCACAAACAAAUCAACCGCCUCGAGGAUCUUUCUGCUCGCCUGAAUGAUCUUGAAAUGAAUAGCCCCAAUAAAAGACUUUCCAGCAAGAAGGUGGCAAGGCAGCUGCACCAGACGAGCUCACUGGCCGUGGGGGUGAUGGAGGAAUCCUAUCGGGAGAGCCUGGAGUGCACCGACGAGGACAUCACCGACAAGGUGGUGUUCCUGGAGAAGCGGGUGACGGAGCUGGAGAAGGACACGGCUGCCAACGGGGAGCAGCACAGCCGCCUCCGGCAGGAGAACCUGCAGCUGGUGCACAGAGCAAAUGCACUCGAGGAGCAGCUGAAGGAGCAGGAGCUGAGGGCUGACCAGACCCUGCUGGAGGAGAUCAAGAAGCAGAGGGAGCUGCUCAGCAAAAUGGAGAGGGAGAAGAGCAUUGAGAUUGAGAACCUGCAGGCCAGGCUGCAGCAGCUGGAUGAUGAGAACAGCGAGCUGAGGUCCUGUGUCCCCUGCCUGAGAGCCAACAUCGAGAGGCUUGAGGAGGAGAAGCAGAAGCUGCUGGAUGAGAUUGAGGACCUCACUGUGCAGCUCACAGAGGAGCAGGAGAAAAAGAGGAAGAUGGGGGACAAGCUGAGUCAGGAGAGGCACCAGUUCCAGAAGGAGAAGGAGUCAACGCAGGAGCUCAUCGAGGACCUCAGGAAGCAGCUGGAGCACCUGCAGCUCUUCAAGCUGGAGGCAGAGCAGCGCAGGGGCCGGAGCAGCAGCAUGGGCCUGCAGGAGUACAACAGCAGGACACGGGAGACAGAGCUGGAGCAGGAGAUCAAGCAGCUCAAGCAGGAUAACAGGAACCUGAAGGAGCAGAAUGAUGAGCUGAAUGGGCAGAUCAUCAACCUGAGCAUCCAGGGAGCCAAGAACCUGUUCUCAGCCUCCUUCUCCGAGUCCCUGGCAGCAGAGAUCAGCUCUGUCUCCAGAGAUGAGCUCAUGGAAGCAAUCCAGAAGCAAGAGGAGAUCAACUUCCGCCUGCAGGAUUACAUCGACAGGAUCAUCGUGGCCAUCAUGGAGACCAACCCCUCCAUCCUGGAAGUCAAGUAAUGCAGCCGGGAGGAUUUGGUGCUCUGAGAGGAUGAAGAGGGACUCCAAACGUCUUUGCACUUGAUGAAGGCACAAGGAAGCCUCAGGUCAGGGAGUGCCUGAGCCAUGGACCAGGGAAAAGAAAACCAGCAGCCAGGGUUUGUUGUCUGACUCCCUUAUUUUGAAGCCCUCCUGGCUGUGGAGGGGUGAAAGGGAACCUGGAGAAGGAGCUCAGGAAAGGGACACUGCGGGAAGUGCCUGUGGCGCUGGGGACUGUCCCGACAGGCACCGCCCCUCCGAGGGACGCUGCGACCCGACCCGCGGGAGAUCGCGAUGGAGAUUGAAGCGACAGCGCUGACUUUGCCCCGCUGCCCUGCCGGGCCCGAGCGUCUGCUGUGCCAAAGUGUCCCUGACACACCCCCGGGCAGAGCUGGCAGCCAGGGCAGCGCCUUCCAGACUCGCACAGGGUUGGGGUUUGGUUUUGGUUUGGGGUUUUGGGGUUUUUUUUAAUUAACUUAAUGCAAAUGGCCUCAUCCAGCUGGCUCGGCCCAUCCUUGCCCCGUGCUCCUGCUGUGUGCAGAGCCCUCGGUGGCUGCAGGGGCAGCCCGGGGCUCUUGGGGACAGGGCGUGAGCACGCUCGGUCACCUGCCUCCUUAUUUAUUUUUGCUGUCUGUGGCUCAGUACUGUCAGCAGGUCUCGGCAUCCCGGCUCCACUCCCUCCUCCUCCCUCCUCCUUCUGCCGGGCUCUGCCGCUGAGGUGGCUCCAGGAGGAGCUGUCACUUGUCCCCAGCUGGGGACAGGCUCUGUCUGGCACCGCGACACGGCUGCAGCUCCUCAGCCGGCGCUGGAGGCCGGUCCUGGCCGCCUCUCCUCGUCCUGGGUGGGACACGCAGCACUUUGGGAGCUGCAGCAGAGAGGCCCGAGGUCCCCAGCUCACCUCCCGAAGUCUGGGGACAGUGGCCUGUGCCAUUGCCAGCCGGAGCAGGGUUCUGCUGGUGAUAGCUGCAGCCCUGGAGUGAGUGCCUGCUCCGGCUGCCUUUCCCCCUGUUCCUGGGCUGGCCAGGGACUGGAGGAGCCCCCUCAUUCCUCAUCCCUGGCACCGGCCGGGGCUGGAAUCUCUGUGCCGAUGGGGAGGGGAGCUGGAGAACACCAGCAGCUCCCUGGGAAACAAAAGCCAUUUUUACAUCAGACAGCUCUGGGCUUGCUGGCACAAGCGGCCGUGGCGCAGCGUGACCCCGGGAGUGGCCGCUGUCCCCCCCUGCUCCUCGGGGCUCCCGGGAGGAGCAGCCAGCGGAAUCCCAGGGAUCGGCUUCAGCCCCUGGUUCCUCUUCCUGCUCGUCAGGUUUUGGGAAUGCCAGGACAGCCUGGGAGCAGAAGCUACAGCAAUCCCGGGGGGGGCCUGCUCCCCCCGAGCCCCUUCCAGCCCUCGGGGUGGCCCUGUGCAGGGGGACGUGGCCACUGUCACCGCCUCAUCCCAGGGGACAGCGGCCGAGCCACGGCCACGGCGCCUCUGGGGCUGAUUCCCCGGAGCCCCUGUGGGGUCGGGGUGAGCCCCAAACCCCGGGGCAGCUCCUGCACCCCAGCCCUCCCUCCCUGCCCCCCUCCCUGCCCCGAGGCCGCGGGAAGAAGCCACGUAAUGUACAUUUCCAGAGAAGCUUUGGGUGUAAAUCAGUGUAUACUUGGAGAGGGAAAAUUUUUCUAUCUUGUAGAGUAGGUAUUUUUAUAGAAUGAAGGUUGAUCCAUUUUUUUAAUACUUUAAAAGAAGAGAGAAAUGUAUCUGUGUAUACACAAAAGCAUAUAUAUAUAUAUAUAUAUGUAUAAAUAUAUAAAUAUUUGAGAUCUGCCUUUCUCGACUUGGGAUCCCAGAUCCCCAGGUCUCAAACAAUCGUUUGUUUUUUCCUGUCGCUCUCACAGAGGUACUGUAACUGUAAAUAAGCACCGGGGAAAAAAAAAGUUUUAAGCAAACAAAAAGCACUGACUUGCACAUUCACCAUGCUUUAAAGUCCCUAUGGAGAGAGAAAAACAAAAGCAAGACAAAAACUGUACAUCCUGAAAAUGUCCCUCUUUCCCGACUGGUAUGUGAAGGAAGUCCCCCAAAAAAGAGGCAAAAAUGGUAUUGUCUUAACUGAUGUAUCAAUUCUUGUCGGAUUAAAAGUUGUUACUAUUCCUG